AGUCUGCUGGGGUUUCUGCUGCCGCUUAGUGAAAAACGAUGGAGAAAACGAUGGAGCUGAAAAUGUUGCUGGAGUCAUCUCUGAAGCGGAUCUUUCAGGCGACUGUGACCGACAUCCUGGUCUCGGUGGAGCAGACCCUCUCUGAGUACCAGGGAACAAUCCAGACGAUCCAGACCGAGAACGAAGGCCUGAAGCGGCUGCUGUCUACACAGAGGAGCGCAGAGUCCCUCCAUGAAGGUCUGCUGUCCUCAGAUGGAUCCCAGGAAGAUGCCGCUGAACAGUUUUCUGGCUCAGAUGGGAACAAUCUACCUGUUACCUCCACCUACACGUUGUCCAACGAGUCCAAAUGCAGCAACGGCGAGACAUGUUUCAGGAAGCCAAAUGAGAGCAAGCUGAAGGAGAGUGCAUCCUCUCCUCCAUUCUCUCUGAAGACGGAACAAUUAGAAGAAGAGUCGUGUGUGGAAGAGUCCAGUACAAUCUCAGUUCCUGUGAAAACGGAGCCCAAUUUGGAAGGAAGUGGCACUGUUGACCUUCCCCAGCAAUCUCUGAAUCAGAUGGUGAAACUGGUGAAGAGUGAGAGCUUAGAGGUUACUUGUGAUGCCUUUCCAGAUGUGCGUCAGCUGCAUCCUUUAGGCCCUAAACAUGAAUGCAGAGAAAGUGACCACGGUGUUAAAGUCACUGUUGUUUCCAAAGGCUACACACAGGAGGGACAUUUUAUCAAGAUUGAGAAAGAGGAGGAGGCUGAUGUACUGCUUGGCAGUGAAAGUGAGAGUUUGUCUCAGUCAGAGGUCAAAUAUGAACUGAAGCAUCAGGAAGCAGAGUUGGAUCAGAAAUGGUUGGAGAGAGGAAGCUCAGAGGAUGUGGAACAAGAAGAAGGAACAUUGGAGCAAAAUAAUUCAACCAUUGUUGCUGACGAGGAUACCCAAAUUCAAAGCAGCAGCUUGUUCCGCUGUUCAACCUGUCUAAAGACAUUUAAAAAACUAGUUGCGCUCAAAAGCCACGUCAGAUCUCAUGGCAGGAUUAAAGACUACAGCUGCAAAGUUUGUGGAAGAACCUUCAGGCGGCCCGAUCAGCUCAGACACCACAACCACACCCACACGGGAGAAAGACCGUUUAGCUGCAACCUCUGCAGCAAGGCGUACACCCGUUCCUGCCAUCUCAGCGCACACAUGCGCAUCCACACCGGAGAGAGGCCCUAUGCCUGCUCGCACUGCGAAAAGUCUUUCAGGGACUGCAAGUCACGCAAGGAGCACCUGCAGACUCACUCUGAGGAGAAGCCGUACAGCUGCCAGGAGUGCAGCAAAACAUUCAAAUGCACAAAAAUGCUGCGUAGACACAUGUUGACCCACUCAGGGGAGACGCCUCAUACCUGCACUCAGUGCGGCAAGAGGUUCAUGAAUCACGGCAACCUGAAAGUGCAUUACAUGCUCCACACUGGGGAGAGGCCGUUCAGCUGUAAACUCUGCAGCAAGACCUUCCUCCAGGCUUCAAACCUCAAGGUCCACAUGCGGACCCACACUGGAGAAAAGCCGUACAGCUGCGACAAGUGCAGCAAGAAAUUUGCUGUGUCCAGCAGUUUGAAGUUCCACCUGAAGAGUCACGUGUAGGAGAAAGAGUACAGCAGCACAAACAUACUAAGAAAGACGAGAGAGGUCUGUAUUUUCAUCAUAGGAACACUUCAACUAUGAGAGACAAAGGAAAUCACAUAGAAGGAUUUUAAAUAAUUUCUUAUGGCAGAAAUUGUACUGUAGCUGGUAUUUUGGCCCAUUCCUCCA